AUGGGUGCUUCUUUUUGUAAAGGUGAUAAAGUUGAGGACGAAAAAAUUGCUGUUCAUAAAACUAUUGAAGCAGAUAUUAAAAUUGAGAAACAAAAAGAAAGAAAACGUUUGAAAAUACUUUUAUUAGGUAGUGGUGAUAGUGGCAAAUCAACGAUAGCUAAACAAAUGAGAAUUAUUCAUUCAAAUGGUUUUAACGAUACUGAAGCGUUAAAUUAUAGUUUUAUGAUAAAACAAAAUAUAAUUACAUCAUUACAUUAUUAUGCUUUAGAAAUAUUUAAUCGAAAUAUUGAAGUAAAUGAUAAUGAAGUUGAGUUAUUUAAUAGAUUUGUUCACAAGCAUAUUUUAAUAAAUGAUGAAGAUGAUGAGAAUCAAGUUAAAAUAAUAAAUCUUUUUAUGAGUUAUAAUUGUUUUAAGGAAAUUAGUGAAUCAAAUAAAAGAUUUUAUUAUCCUGAUAACACAGAUUAUUUAUUUAAUAAUAUUAAAAGAAUUUUGGCACCUGGAUAUUUGCCAACAUCACAAGAUAUAAUUCAAGUUCGUGCUGCAACAACAGGAGUUCAUGAAUUAAGAUUUGAAUUUAAAAAUUUUACCAUUCGAUUAAUUGAUGUUGGUGGGCAAAAAACAGAAAGACGUAAAUGGAUUCAUAGUUUUGAAGGUGUUGCAGCAAUACUUUUUGUUGUAUCAUUAGCAGGUUUUGAUCAAACAUUAGAAGAAGAUCCAUCAAUUAAUCGUCUCGAUGAUAGUAUAGAAUUGUUUUAUACUAUCUUGUCAAAUGAAUUUCUUUUAAAAAGUAAUAUAAUUCUUUUUAUGAAUAAAAAAGAUAUAUUUGAAAAUAAAUUAUCAAAGGUAAAAUUUUCUGACUUUUAUCCAAAUUAUAAAGGCGGUAAUACAUUUGAUGAAUGCUCAAAAUUUAUUGAACAGCUGUUUUUGAAGGAUAUACCACCAAAAGGAAGGCAAGUUUAUUCACAUUUUACAAAUGCUACUGAUACAGAAAAUAUAAAUUUAAUGUUUGCUGCAGCUUGUGAUAUAAUACUUCAAAACAAUCUUUCGCAGGCUGGAAUGCAAUAA